GGCUCCUAUUCUUGGUUUUCAGUUCUCACCACUGAAAACUAGGGUUAGGGUUUUGCGAGUCGUUCCCAGAGCUUAGCUUGAGUUCUCCGCCGCCAGGGAAGAUGGGUCACUCCAACGUCUGGAACUCCCAUCCCAAGAACUAUGGCCCCGGAUCUCGGGCUUGCCGCGUUUGUGGCAAUCCACAUGGUUUGAUUCGCAAGUAUGGGCUCAUGUGUUGCAGGCAGUGCUUCCGCAGCAAUGCCAAGGACAUUGGCUUCAUCAAGUAUCGUUAAGAAGAAGAAAGCAUGGUCGGGACAGGCAAUAGAGGAAGAAGACGUGUGGACAUGGUUUCCCUUGAAUUGCUUUUUUUAGUUUCUAAGAUAGGAUAGUUGCUGAAGACAUUGUAGUUCCUCAAAAGUAAUUGUAGAAGUUUGCUUCCCUUUCUUCGGGAUUUUGGAGAACAUGUACUGAGUUUUCAUUCAGAUGUGAGAGUUCCUCUUCCUAAAUUCAGGUAUUGCCUGCAUUUUGUGUUAUCCUCUUGAAAUUUAUUACUAGUUGGAAGCUUUUUCUUUCAAAAAAA